UGAGGAAAAUUUUGGAUCCCAUGAACGGUAGGAAGAAGGAAGAUAUGGCCACUGGCACUGUGUUUGGAAUGUACCUUUUCUCUUUCUCCUUCGUCCUUCCUUCGUCGGGUGGAUAGAUGUGGAUGGUGCUAAAAGGAUCUCUCUCUCUCUCUCUCUCUCUCUACUCUUACUCUUAACGAGGACACGAAGGUGUAGGGUUUACCGUCUCGACCGGGGAAAAAGAGAAUUUUGCAAGCGCGGGGAGUUGUCUGUUUUUAUUCGCCUUUGGUAUAAGUCUCUGUUUUUGUUCCUUCGUUUUACACUGGAGCAUGAGAUUUACCUAAUCCUGUAUCUGAAGCCUGAACUUACCCGAGUAUCUCAUUGCUUUGGAGCUCUCCAGUGUCAUAAGCCCUCUUCUGGAUCUGUGCUUCCAGCUUUUGCUUCUGCUGCCUACUCUGCAAGUUGAACAUGACUUAUGGGGAGGUCUUAAAGGUUGUGUUUCCUCUGUUGGAUGGCAAAGACCUGGCUUCAUGUAUGCGGGUCUGUAGGCAGUGGAGGGACAUUGCCAGAGACGACUAUUUCUGGAAAUGCCUCUGUGCUAAGCGAUGGCCUUCUGUCUGCAAGAGACCAACCCCUCCCCCUCUAACCUACCACAAGCUCUACCAAACCUUCUAUAAACGCCGUAAGCAUAAAAUGCUCCUUCCCCCAAGAAUAUCCUUUGACGACUUGGAAUUCUACAUUGACAUCUGGGCAGAAGAGAGAAUAAUUUUCUCAGAAGUGGUCACAGGCCCUGUUCUUCGUGCCGGGAUCAAGAUGUUGCCUGCUGGUAUCUGCGAGAUGCUGAGAUUUCACUUGGAGGGUCCACAAUACAAGAUGACAGUCCCUGUAGAACCAAGAUUUACUGUUCCUUUGAGCCAAACAAUCAGUGUUUCUGUACUUGUAGGUCGCAGGGAUACCAACAAGGUUGCAUGCAUCAUCAAUAAAUCUUUGUUUGAUUACAUUGAUAGGACAGCCUACAGGGCCCUUGCUUUUGAUUAUCUCGACUUCUCGCCAGUCUACCCGUUCGUCUCAGGUAUCAGGGCUUGGGUUUCUUUGUUGUUCAUGGAAGAUGGGAAGGAUGGAGUCAUUGAUGUUUUUGGGAUUGAGAUGGAUUUCUGCGACGCUGCUAGCUGUGAGGAAGAAGUUUUGUGGCUUUUGGACAUGCUUGACUGGAAGUGAGUUUCAAUCGGUGAUGUAUCCGUUUCAUGUUUAGUGUUGAAGGGUCUGUGCAAAGGUAAACAGGUGAGACAACCUCUUGUUUUUGUUUAGGCAAGAAAAGAAAGGUGCUUGAUUUGUCAAUGCAAGAUCAGUACCUUCCUUUUAAAACUUGUAUAAUGUAUUUAUACUUGCAAAUAAGUAUGAAUCUCUCUCUAUCUCUCA